CAUCCCAGGACUCUCGUUCUCUCUCCAUUGAUCCGUCGAGGCGUGCCAGUGUGUUCAUGUGAUGCAGGAAGGAUGCGUCCUAAAAGAGUUUGUAUCGAGCCAAACUGCAUCACUUCUGAGUCCGACCACCGCUCAGCACUCAUCUUUGGAUAUCCUCUCUUUCGCUUUGCAGUUGCAUUGGGUGAAAGGGAAGAAAGCGAAGAGAAGGAUUGUGAAAAUGGGAGUUACGGCAUCAUCCAGCAGCCGAUGCGAGGAGGACGAGGCGGAGGAACUCACUGGCACUGCAGCAGCGAGCGAGGCUCAGGGGGACGGCAGUCCCGAUGACAAGUUGUUACAGAAAAAUGGACAGAUCUCCAAUUUGAAUGUAAAGACAAGGAGCCAUGCAGAUGAAUUAAAUGGGCACUAUGAGGAAAGAGUACUUGCAGAUGUUGGAUCAGGGUUUGUCACUCUGAAAGAAGAUGGCGCAGAAACAACUGAAGAUCUUCAGGAAAUGGAUGCUCUUCAACCAAACAUUAAGAAUGAGAGCACAGAGAUGGUCAAUGCGGAUGGUGAAGAACCUAAGGAGGACAACCAAGUGAAUGAUAUCAAUGAAGUUGGCUUCAAAAAAAUCUUCCGAUUUGUUGGAUUUAAGUUUACCCUAAAAAAAGACACAUGUGAAAAAACUGAAGCAAAUGAGCAAGAAGAAAGAGUUGCAAGUCCCUCAGAGGACUCCAAUGACACUCAAGAGAACAGCGCAGUGGCAGCAAAUGAAAACACGACUGACGAGACUCACAAAAGUGAGGCGUUUUCCCAGCCUGAUGCAGCAGAACCCUUUCAGCAAACAGACAAUGAAACGGAGCUGGAUCCGGACAUACAGUUAGUGAAACAUCAUGUGGAGGACACACCUGAUAAAGAAAUGGCAAAAGAAAGUCCUGAGCCGGAGGAACAAAUGUCACCAAUCAAGCAAUUCUUUACACAGGGUAUCUUUGCCAGUUUAAGAAAAAGAAAGAAAGAAGAGGAAAUACAGAAAGAGAGCAAGGAAGACGAACUCAAAAGAAUUGAGAAAACUGAUACAGAGUAUGCUGAGCGUGAGGACAGUAAAUGCAUGUGUAUUGAUAUCCCUUAUAUUUUAUCAGAGGAAGAAAAAGAUUCAGUGGAGAAAGCCGAUGACACGUUGUUACCUGAAGGAGAGCUUCUGAAUUUUAUAGAGAAAGAUAAGGUUGAAGGAAGUCCACUUAAAAGACUUUUUAGGAAAUUUUCCACAAGAAAGCAGAGAGAAAGUAAAGCUGCAGAAAAGGUGAUCGAGGCAGAGGAACAAGUCUCUGAACAGCCAAAGGCAUUCAUGGAAGUGACAGAGAAAGAGAAAGAUGAGGAACCGGUGAUUGGGGAACCAAAACCUGCUGAAGAGGAGCUGGUUGCUGAUGUAAGCCCUCAAGAGUCCAAAAAGAAAUCUGACACCACCGUUUCCUGGGAGGCACUGAUUUGUGGUGGCUCCUCUAAAAAAAGGGCUAGAAAAACAAAUGAGAAUGAAACGGAAGACAAAGGAGAAGAAAAUGAGAAGACAACUGACUCUCCACUUGGAAGUUCAUUUGAGGGUGAUUAUGAUCAUCUCACAUCAUCUAAUGAACAAACAGGAAGUCCUGCAGAGGGAGAAAUGAGAUCCACAUGGAAAAUGUUUAAAAAAAUGGUCACCCCAAAGAGAAAGGUCAGAACUGGAGAAAGUAGUACCCCUGAGCAGAUACCUUCAGACAGUGAGAUGAACAAAGACGAUUCAUUUUCUAAGAAGAAACUUAUUCCAGGGCAUAAAAAAAGAAAAUCCGAAGCAAGGCAAGAACAAACGUCCUCCGAUGAGGCUGCUAGGGAUAAUGAAACAGAUGAUGAAGAUGAUGAAACCCCAGCUAUCAUUCCCCUGUCUGAGUAUGAAAUAAUUGAGCCUGAGAGUCUGAAGGAGGUGAAUGAACAACGAGUUGAAAUAACAAUAGAACAUGAGAAGCCAGAGAUGGCAUUACAAGUGUUAGAAAAGGACACAUCCAAUGACAAAAUUGCAGCUACAAUUUCAAGUAACACUGGACCAACCGUCAUACAUGGUCUCUCAGAGGACUUUGAAGAACUCACAGACUUUGUGAGCAAACAUCAACAACUGAGUGAUAUACCAGAGGAAGGCAUCAUUGAGGAAAGCAUUGUAACACCAGUAUCAUCUGCUGAGUGGACAACACAGGAUGACACCUUAUCUGAGGACAUUGUGGAGUUGACAGCUGAUGCGGUCACUGCCCCAGAACCAGCAAGUGAACAAUUCAUUGGGGAUGACACUACUGAAAUGGUCUCGGCAGUCUCGCAACUAACUGAAUCACCCUGGACAUCUGGACAUGUUACACCAGUGUCGGCUGAAUAUAGUGUACAAACAUCAGAUGUGAUCCUACAGGAAGCUAUUCAAUCUAUCUGCAUGACUCCAAGUGUUCAAUCAGUAACUACAAAAGAUGAAAGACAAGAAUCUCUGGCCGUGUCAAGUUCACCUUAUAUUGUACAGUCCUACACUCAAGAGGAAAAAACGGUUUUGGUUGCACAUAAGAAAACUGAAGCAACGGCAAUAUGUACAGGUCUAGUAUCUCAGGAAAUAGAGUCUGUUGAAGAGCAUCUCCCUGCACACUUAGUGGAGGCAAUACCUGAAGUGAGCGAUGCUGUCCCAACUGAAUUCGUUUCUGAUAACUUAACAGAUGAACCUGAAGCUGCAGAACAUGUGACAGAUGAGGUCUAUGAAGCUGAAAUCAAGUAUGUGAAGACUGAGUAUCAGGAAAUAAUUGUGAAUGAAGAAGAAUCUGGCACUGAAACACAGCUGGACAUAGAGCAAGUCAUUCAAUUAGUGGAAGAGCCUUUAAUGGAAGAAUCAGAGGAGACUCAUAUGGAGGGCAAAACAGAGGAAUGUACAACUGGUGUUGAACUCGGACAAAUGAUUGACACAAUGCAAAGUGAAGCUGGGCUGGACCAGGCUAUGUCAGACUACACAAAUCUUCCUGAAACAGAGUGUCCAUUGUAUCCAGAGUUAGAGGAACCGGUCUAUGAACAACAAUUAGCUGCUAAACCUGAAAAAGAGCUGAAGCUACCAGAUGUUGAAUUGUCACCUGCUGAGUUUGAGCAAGCUGCACUCGCUGAAGUUGUUGAAACUUUGACACAUGGCGUUGUAGACAACAUUUCUGACACUACUACAAGUAAAACCUCAGAUGUCCCUGAGGAAGAAAUUGAAAUGAUUGCCUCAGUGGAGGAGUGUCUGGAAAGCAAAGAGAGUAUUAUAAGUUCAGAUCACAUUGUGGCCGAGACACUGGAGUUAGAAGACAAUUUAGAAGCAGAAGUAGUAUCAAUACAAGUUGAUGUCUGUGAAGUAGAAGUUGGCGCGAAAGAUACAGUCCUUUUAGCAGGCGAUUCAGCAGUGACUGUAGAGGACAUCAGUGAGAAAAUGGCUGAAAACAUUUCAGAAGCUAUAGAGGAAUCAUUAUCCAGAGAACAGAUGCCAGCCAAGGUGGUGUCACUUCCAGAAUCGGUAUUAGUUGAGCAGGCUGAAGAGAUCUAUAAAGAAGACAUUGAUACAGAUAUGGAUAAUAACAAAGGGGAUGACAGUGCAAGUGACAGAAUGGACAGGAUUUUUGUGAAAGAGGUAGAGGAACUUGCUGUAAAAGAAGAGCAACUUUUAGCAAAUACUGAAAGCAAUGAAACAGACAAUCAAGAAGUUUCUGCUGAUGCAAAUACUACUGAUGAAUCUCCUGAAAAAACAGUUGAUGCAGAUACUGAAAAUGGAGAGACGGUUCAUGAAAUUAGAGAAGACACAGUUGUUCCUAGCUUUUCAAAAGAUGUAUCUGAGCACAUAGAAACACCAGCAGAGCUCGAUACCAGUUGUGAAGUUAUGCUGACACCUCAAGAGACAGCAUUGCCAGAAGUUGAAGCAAGACCUGUACCAAUAGAAAUAGUGGGUUCUCAAACAGUGGAGUGCAGUGAAGACACCAAACAUAGUCCAGAACCGCCCAAAGAGAAUGAACAACCAAUGACAAACGAGAAUAUUAAGACUGGUAAAGUUUUAGAGAUGGUUGCCAUUAUUGAGAACACAACAAAACACUCAGGGACAGAGAAGCUUGCAGUGGUUGAACCAGUAGCACAGGCACUCGCAAUAUCAGAGCCAACAGAACAAGAGGGUGAUGCAUCUGAAAUGACUGUAGUUCAUGCUGAAGCAAUAGAUGGUGAGCAAGCCGUAGCAACAUUAAUGAAAGAAACAGCAGUUCCAGAAGAAAAGGUUAUGAUGGCUAUUGCUCCCAAAUCGGAUCCAGAAAAGUAUGACUCGGGAACGACUGUGAUUGAAGUGGCUGCAACCACAGUGCUUGCACAAAACGAUACUGCUGCACAAAUGGAAGUUAGUAAUGUGAGUGAACACAUGAAUGAAGCAGAUGAAGAUGGUAGGCUAAAAUGUGAACCUCUUGAACAGCUGAUUGAAACGACACUGUCAAAUGAGUUACAGUUAGACAAGGCAGAAAUUAAAGAUGAAAUUCCAGCAGUAAUGGAAGCAACUCACAUAGCACAGGUACUACCAUUGAGCUCCGAAGUUACAGCAGAAAUGCCAGACAUUUCUGUUUCUGAGAUACAAACACAAGUAGUGAGUGAACUCAGAGCUGCGACACUUGAAGUGACAGAACCAGAGGUUGAAAUGCCAGUGGUAACAGAAGUUAAAGUUGAGACAGCUGUUGUAACUGAGCUGGAAGUGGAGAAACCUAUUGUCACAUCAGUGGUUACUGAACUUGAAGUAGAAACGUUAGUGGUUACAUCUAUGGCAAAGACGACUGAUACUCUCAAUUCUGUUGUAACUCCCCAGAAUCAAAACAUAGACACUGACACGUCAGUGUUGACAACAGUGAUCAAGGAACAAGAGGAGGAGGUGCCUACUGUUAUUUCUGUGGUAGUGACACCAGCUACACCUCUAGAUGAAGUAACACAACUUGGAACUCUAGGCAAAGAGUCAAUGGUUGUAGCAUCAGUCGAAGACACACCAGUUGUGACUGUAGCAGCAGAAACACCAAAUGUUGAAUCAGUGAUUGUGAGGACUGCUGUGGCCCCAGUAGUAGACAUACAGAAUGUGAUUCCAGUGGUACCAACACCAGAUCUUGAUUCAGUGCUAGGGACAGUGGCUGCAUCUUCAGUCUUCAGUGCAGCAGUUGUGACUACAGUAGCAGAAGCAGCAGUUGUAGAAACACCAGUUGUUUCUUUCACAGAUGUAAAAUCAACUCCAGUUCUAGUGGCAGCUGUGAUAGAGAAUACGAAUGUGUCCCCUGUAGUAGAGAUCCCAGCAGUACAGUCAGCAACUGUAGGUCCAGUAAUAAUGUCAUUAGCUGUAACAUCUGUGGCGGAGACAUCAGCUGUUACUUCAAUGACAGAAACUGUACCUCCAGAAGUUACACUAGAUGUGACCCCAAUUGCAGAAACAACAGUGAGCCAAGUAAUUAAAACUCCGGUGACUUCCAUCACAUCAGUUAAACCAACUGUAGCUGCAGUUACACAGACACCAGUCAUUGAGAUACCAGCUAUAAUUCCAGAGACAGUACCAGAGACUGUAUCUUCUGUACUAACUACAUCAGCUGAAACUCUAGUAGCAUCAGAACAAAAUAUGACCCUAGUAGUAGAAACUCCAGCAGUAUCUUCAAUUGCAGUGGCAGAGACAUCACAGGUGGCAGAAAUACCAGAUCAGAUUUCAGUCAUUCUAACAGAAGCAGCAACUAUAGUUACACCAGCAGCAACUUUAGCAGCAGAAAUGUCAGCUGUGAUCCCAGUAGUUGAAACUGCUGUAGUAAAACCAACUUCAGUUGCACUGGUAGAGACACCAGUUGUGACACCAGAGAUAACAUCAACUGUGACUCCAAUAGCAGAAAGGGCAGUUGUGAGCCUAGGACAAGAAGCUAUAGUAGAAGCCCCAACUGCAAUUACAGUAGUAGAGAGACCUGUUACGAUCCCAGUGGUACAGACACCAGCUCUGGUUUCAGUGACUGAAAAAGAAGCUGCACCUCCAGCAGUGACUGCAGCAGCAGAAAAAGUUGUGAGCACAGUAGUAGAAACUCAAGCAGUAAAGCCAACAGUGUCUGUGGCAGAGACACCAGUUGUGACCCCAGAGAUGAUAACAUCAACUGUGACUCCAGUAGCAGAAAGGGCAGUUGUGAGCCUAGGACAAGAAGCUAUAGUAGAAGCACCAACUGCAAUGACAGUAGUAGAGAGACCUGUUACGAUCCCAGUGGUACAGACACCAGCUCUGGUUUCAGUGACUGUAAAAGAAGCUGCACCUCCAGUAGUUCUACCACCAGUGACUGCAGCAGCAGAAACAGUUGUGAGCACAAUAGUAGAAACUCAAGCAGUAAAGCCAACAGUGUCCGUGGCAGAGACACCAGUGCCUGUAGCUUCAGCUCCAGUUGUGCCUUUGGUAAAAGUGACACCAGUUGUGGCAGUGAUAGAGACACCCUCAACACAGACAUCUGCUUUAGCCCCUGUGAUGGUGACAACAGCCAUUGGCCCAGUUGUAGAGGUAGCAGCUGCAGCGCUUGUUGUUGUGACACCAGAGGUACAGGAACCAAUGUUGCAGAUGGUUGAACAGGAAAAAAAGGAAGAAAAGACAGAGGCUACAGUUGUGCCUGAAGAUGUUGAACCACUACUAGCAGCAGCAAAAGAGGAAAAGACACCAAUUUUACCUGAAGAAAAUGCCAAGGGUCCCUUGCAACACGAGCCUGUUACUUCAACAGAACCUCAAUCAGAGGUUGAGGAUGAUGUGUGGGAGGAUGCUGUAGAUAAUAUUGGAGAUUCCCAGGGUCUAGUGACACACACAGAUGUAACAUCCCAAGAUACGGCUGCUAAACAAACAUCUGAUGCCGCAAUUUGAGAGUGGCAUGCUAAACCAAAUGAAAUAUAUUAUGAGCUAGUGCAAAUUUAACAAGGACAGAUGAUAACUUUUUACACUUGGAAAAGGAUGUGUGCUCACCUGGGACUCACAUUUCUGACAACAAAGAAAUGACCAAACCACUGAGAAAUAAAAUUGCAUCAUUAAAAUACCAUUAAGUUUAGUUGUUCAGUAGAUAGGCUGUUCUUUGAUCAAUCACUACUUUUUUUCUUUGACAGAAAAUAUGUCAACAUAUGAAACCAGCAGCUAUUUCGUCAUAUUCAUACUAAGGAUAUUUGUCAAUGUAUUAUAAUUUAUUUAUGUGCUGAUUCUUACAUUAGAGUGAGCUUAUCACACAUAAUUUUAGUAUUAGUUUAGGAAAAUUCAAGUCAAUUGUUGAAGGCAAAUGCAGUUGCCUGGUGUGUUAAGAUAUGUACUAAUUAAAUAGUAAAGAGGUCAAAGGUUAAUUUAUGUUGAACCAUUAUACGCCUCGUUAUACUUCUGGGAGGAAUUUCUAUGACAUUCUAAAUAUGAUGUACACUUUACCAAAGCUAUAAUAAGCACUGAAAUUUUAAACUUCACAAUCACGUUCCAUUUAGACAGUAUUCGGUCAGAAUCAGUCACUUAAUUUGUAACAGAAAAUGACAGAUUGUUUAAUUUGUUUUACAAAGAUAUUUUACAAAGUUAAAAUCUGAUCAAAAACAUUUUUUUAUUUUUGUUGUCCAUAUUGCGAUAUGACAUUGUUACAAAAUAUGUUUAUAUUUUGUUUAUAUGUUUAUAAUUCAAGAAAAUGUCAUUAUUGUUGGCAUCAAAAGCAUGCAAACUAAUGUUGGCUUGUCCCCCUCAGGGAAGCACUUAACAUAUAUAAAUGUUACAUAUAAUGAAGAUCAAUACACUCUGUACUUUCUAAGAUCAUUAAACUAUUUUAAUGCAUUUUUUGUUAAUAUUAUAUAAGCUGCCUUACUGUAUUGUGGGGGUUUGAAAGCGUCUGGCCUGACAGAAUAAGCCACUAAAAUACUGAUAGAAACAUUUUAACUGAUUCUAAUAUAUUCCUAGGAAGGAAGUGUUUGACUAUACAGGCUAUGCAUCUUCAAAGAAGUUGUAAUAUUAACAAUCAACCAAAUACAGGAGUAUGGUAUUGUUCUUGUAUUUUGAAACAUUUCAAAAUGUAUGGUUUAAUACAAAUUAUAUUUCAAGUUUUUAUAAAAAAAAUAAAAUAAAAAAUACCUUACCAAUGU